AUGGCCUAUUUUGAUGAAUGCGAAACAACCUCUAGCAAAUGUCAUUUAAACGGUACUUGUAAUAACACACACGGAUCAUAUGUUUGCGCAUGCAAACCUGGAUAUACUGGAGAUGGAAAGAAUUACAUUGAUGAGUACAAAACUAACGCCUGCCAUCAGAACGCCAUGGGCCCGUACAUCUGCACUUGUAGUCCUGGAUACCUUGGAGAUGCCGAUCCUUGCAAAAAUUACAAAACCCUGAGUGACGCCACGAGAAACGAAAAACAGACUAACGGUCUAGCGUCUUGUGAUGACCAACUCCCUGAGAAUAACCCUGGGGAAUGGUAUCGUUUUAUGAGUGAUGCUGGAACAAAAAUGCCAGUAACACGUGUGGAACCAUACCACUGUGGGACAAACUGGUCAGGAUGGCCAAAAGGUGCUCAUCCUACAGUUGAAGAUGGUGAAGUUUCCAGGACGUCUGAUGAGCAGCCUGUUUAUCUGGUCAAGUGGCGAGGUUGGGGGUCCGAACACAACACGUGGGAGUCAGAAUCCCACAUUUUGGAUCACGGUCUUUUACGUACAGAGGAAGAUGUUGAAAGUUCCAGGAAGGUCUGCUUUAGUGAUAAAUUUACGGAUUGCAAACACUCAAUAGAGAUUUCUGUGAAAAACUGUGGAGCCUACUUUAUCUACAAACUUCCUAGCCCAUCAGUUUGUAAUACACGUUACUGUGAGCUACCAAAAACGGGUACAACAGAGUACAGCAGUACAACAGAGUACAGCAGUACAACAGAGUACAGCAGUGCAACAGAGUACAGCAGUGCAACAGAGUACAGCAGUGCAACAGAGUACAGCAGUGCAACAGAGUACAGCAGUCCAACUGAGUACAGCAGUACAACUGAGUACAGCAGUACAACAGAGUACAGCAGUGCAACAGAGUACAGCAGUGCAACAGAGUACAGCAGUGCAACAGAGUACAGCAGUGCAACAGAGUACAGCAGUGCAACAGAGUACAGCAGUGCAACAGAGUACAGCAGUGCAACAGAGUACAGCAGUGCAACAGAGUACAGCAGUGCAACAGAGUACAGCAGUGCAACAGAGUACAGCAGUGCAACAGAGUACAGCAGUGCAACAGAGUACAGCAGUGCAACAGAGUACAGCAGUGCAACAGAGUACAGCAGUGCAACAGAGUACAGCAGUGCAACAGAGUACAGCAGUGCAACAGAGUACAGCAGUGCAACAGAGUACAGCAGUGCAACAGAGUACAGCAGUGCAACAGAGUACAGCAGUGCAACAGAGUACAGCAGUGCAACAGAGUACAGCAGUGCAACAGAGUACAGCAGUGCAACAGAGNCACUGUCAGCAUUACUGUCAUAG